AUGACACUGAAUAUGUUCGAGAAUGUUCAUAAGCCUAAUCCGUCUGAUGAAGAAUUGAAUGCUCAACGAAAAUGGACACGUGCAUACAUCGUCGUAUUAAUCGUAAUAAUGGCUAGUGUCAGUUAUAUUACCAUGCUGUCUUAUCAAACAGUUACAACCAUUGUGUACAAACCAACAUUAGAUGAAUAUGCAAAUCUACCAAAGUCAGCUGAUUGUCUUUGCACCAACCUGUCUAUUCCUUAUCACACUUUCAUUAAUUUUAAUCCACAAUUUUACGAAGUAUGCAAAAGCCAUUUUAUUAAACUAAAUGGUGGAUGGAUGUCAUUACUUUAUAAGUCGUAUACAGAUCAACAAGAUAAUAAACGAAACCUUCGUACAUUUCAAGGUAUGGCAAUAUUUCAUUUUCAGGCAAUACAGGCAAUGUGCAGAAUGGUUAUAAUGGCUGUCAACAAUGAACUUACACUCUUUCUGAACUCUACUUUAACCACUGUUGAAAUACUUGAAUCAGAUUUAUUUGAAAAGAAAAUAAAUACUACUAUCAACAGUUUUUGCUUAAAUACGAUGCGCUCAAAUUUUCUUUAUUCGUUACAAUGGAUUCGAAAUAUGUACUCUGGAAAUGGUCUAAUUUCAGCACUUGCUACAAACUGGUAUCCAGUGAUUGCAUUUGAGGCAACUAUUGGAACGAUCUAUAUGAAAGCUCAAAAAUAUAAUCUAUCAUCAUGUAAUUGUGCGACAAUGCCAGGUUGUGUGGAACCGAUGUCUCUUGAAUUGAACUCAGGAUCCAACUGGACAGUGCCAGGAAUGAUGAUUGGUUGUUUACCUCUUGAAUCAAUGCUUGAGUCAACAUUAGAAUGUAUAUAUGAUCAAGAUUGUCUCGAUACAAUAACUGAAACGUUAUUGGCUAAGUCGAUACGAGCGCUUUCCUCUACUCAAACUCGCUUUAAACCAAUUAACACGACAAAACUUAUAACAACUGCUAGUGAACUAUUUAUCGAAGAUUGGGGUGUUAAAUUUUCUUACGAAAAGUAUUUUGCUAGUUGUCAACCUAAAACUUGCUCGUAUGUAUCGUCAGAACGAUUCCAUAUUAUAACUUCUAUGAGUACAAUUUUCACCAUCUAUGGUGGUAUCUGUAUUUUACUUCGAUUUAUUAUUCCGAUUGGAUUUAAAUUUGCAUAUAAAUGUUUUUCUCGACGAAAUAGACAAGUUACAGCAAUGGAUACUACUUAA